CUGCAGGAUCCCAGAACAAAGCACAAGUUCAAGAUCCACACUUAUGGGAGCCCCACCUUCUGCGACCACUGUGGCUCUCUGCUCUAUGGCCUCAUCCACCAGGGCAUGAAGUGUGAUUCCUGCGACAUGAAUGUUCAUAAGGUGUGUGUGAUGAACGUGCCCAGCCUUUGUGGAACUGAUUACACUGAAAGAAGGGGGCGUCUUUACCUCAAGUGUGAAGUCAGCGGUGACAAGCUGCAGGUGACAGUGGGUGAAGGCAGAAACCUUAUCCCCAUGGACCCCAAUGGCCUGUCUGAUCCAUAUGUCAAGCUCAAGCUGAUACCAGAUCCCAAAAAUGAGACCAAGCAAAAGACCAAAACCAUCCGCUCCAACCUCAACCCCAAGUGGAAUGAGACCUUCAAUUUCAAGCUGAAGCCAUCGGACAAAGACAGAAGGCUGUCCGUGGAAGUGUGGGACUGGGAUCGGACCACCAGGAAUGACUUCAUGGGGGCCCUUUCCUUUGGAGUCUCCGAGCUCAUAAAGUCUCCAGUCUCUGGCUGGUAUAAAUUAUUGUGCCAGGAAGAAGGAGAGUAUUACAACGUUCCUAUCUCAGAGGAGGAUGAUGGUAAUGAGGAACUGCGGCAGAAAUUUGAGGACCAAGCUCUUGUGGAAGACUCUGAUCAGAACGCCAAACUAGGCCCAGGGAAGAAGGUGAUUAAUGAGACUGACGACUGUCGCUCCAGCCAGUUUCCAUCCAAUAGCCUGCACCAAGUCAAACUUAGUGACUUCUCCUUCCUGGCAGUGCUGGGGAAAGGCAGCUUUGGCAAGGUGAUGUUGGCUGAGAUGAAGGCCACAGAAGAGCUGUACGCAAUUAAAAUCUUGAAAAAGGAUGUGGUGAUCCAAGAUGAUGAUGUUGAAUGUACCAUGGUGGAAAAGAGAGUACUGGCCCAACAGGACAAGCCACCCUUCCUCACACAUCUCCACUCGUGCUUCCAGACUGUGGACCGCCUAUACUUUGUCAUGGAAUAUGUGAAUGGAGGAGAUCUUAUGUACCAUAUCCAGCAAGUGGGCAAGUUUAAGGAACCUCAGGCAGUAUUCUAUGCAGCAGAGAUUGCUGUUGGUCUAUUCUUCCUGCACAGUAAAGGAAUCAUCUACAGGGAUCUGAAGUUGGACAACGUGAUGCUGGACUCUGAGGGACACAUCAAAAUAGCUGACUUUGGCAUGUGUAAAGAGAACAUGGCAGAAGGCGUGUGCACUCGGACUUUCUGCGGCACUCCAGACUACAUAGCUCCAGAGAUAAUUGCUUAUCAGCCAUACGGGCGCUCCGUAGACUGGUGGGCAUACGGAGUUCUGCUGUAUGAAAUGCUGGCUGGACAGCCUCCAUUUGACGGUGAGGAUGAAGAUGAGUUGUUUCAGUCCAUUAUGGAGCACAAUGUGUCCUACCCAAAGUCCCUGUCCAAAGAAGCGGUCUCCAUUUGCAAAGGGUUGAUGACCAAACAUCCAUCUAAACGUCUGGGCUGUGGCCUUGAGGGCGAGAGGGACAUCAGGGAACACGCCUUCUUCAGACGGAUCGAUUGGGAUCGCCUGGAGAACAGAGAAAUUCAGCCACCCUUCAAGCCUAAAGUGUGUGGCAAAGGAGCAGAGAACUUUGACAAGUUCUUUACACGCACCCAGCCCCAGCUCACACCACCCGAUGAGCUAGUUAUUGCCAACAUAGACCAAGCCGAGUUCGCGGGGUUCUCUUUCGUCAACGCACAGUUUGUGCACCCUUCACUUGACAUCAGCGACUGACACGUAUAGUAAAACCUUUGAAGACCCUUCCCGUUCACAGCCACCCUCUUAAACCAACCAACCAGACAUCUGACUAGAGCUUCAAGUCCCACAAUAGAUCCUAAUGUAUUGGUGUAAUUCCCAAGCAUGACUCUAAGGCAUGCGUAUAUGCUCUUUACAAAAUUUUUGCUAGUGUAGAUCUUGAAUCAGAUAGUUUCGUUUAGUUCUUUGCCGCUCCAUAAACAGUGAUCCUUUUGUGAUGAUGGGCAGGCACAAUUGAAGGAUGAGCCUCAAUAACCCAGAGGCAUAAAGACCGGGUUCACAAUCCUAUGCCAGAAUAAUACGUGAAAAAAAAAAUCUGUUUACAAAUCUCAAUGGGUAAAUAUGCUCCCCAUAUAUCCAAUUGAUGGGUAGCAUCUUGUAUUUAUGUGGAUACUCAUAUCAAAAGACACAUAUUAGGCAAUGUAGACGCUAUAGCCAAAUAUGAAGGACAGGUGGUGCAGGUGUUGAAAAGAAACAGUGAUUCAAUGUUACCUGUAUCGUGUUUACAGUUUUCUUCUCAUAUGAUUUCAUGUUGGUGGUACAAAGGUAAAGUUUAUUGUACAAUUAUUUCAACCUGUCUGAACUUCCUAUAUGUGUAGCAAGUCAAGUAAAAAAAAAGGAGCGGUUAUGUGAUGAACAUGUACAUCCUUCAGACAGAGCAAGACAAAGAAAGGUAUGAGAGCAUAAGUUCCACUUUGUCAAAACUUUUUUCACCUUCAAAUGUUGAAAGGAACCGUUCACACACAGCUGUUUCCCUGCCUUUCCCAAGCUGCAGAUUGUACCCUUAUCUUUCCAAGAAUUCUGUCAGCACUGUGGACACAGAUUAACUUUGAUCGGUUUUGUAUAUGAGAAGGCUCAGACCAUGCUUAUAGCUACCAGUAAAGGACACCUUAGCUGUUAAGGGUUUGUCUUAUUUUGACACACAUUGUUGUUAAUAACCUUUUCAGACCUGUGCUAGACCCUUGACAACAAAGCCUCUCAAUUGCCAUAAACGUCUUAGCAGAAGCUGGGAAGACAUUUUGCAUCAUGUGAUGUCAAAAAGUAGCUUUGUUGCAAACAGGAAAAAACAGGAAACAGGAAAAAAGCAUGAUUUUGAUUCAUACAGAGUUGUUUUGUGGUCACAAGAACAAACUUAUUUUAAAUCUUUUGUUUGGAGUCAACAACUUUAGUCAUUCUUUGUGUCCCUUAAUGUUGCUGUAAUAUUUUUAGAAAUAGAUUUCUUUUAACUCCUCUACUUUUCUGUAAUCCUAUAUUUUAUCAUUAGAAUGGAUCAAUAUCUUAAUGUACAAAGAAAAAAUCAGUGUGACACUCCUUUGUAAAUAAUUUUGAGUUAUUAAAAAGUAUACCAAGUUACAUUUUUAUACCAACACAUGAAUGUGCUUUUAUUACAUUAAUUAGAUAAGCCAAUAUUUGUAUGUUGUAUAAAAACUUAAAACCACUGAGAGUGAACCUUAGUGCAGAUUACCUUUGUAACAGCUGGACGUCUUUAAUGGAAUCCAGAUUCAGCAAAUAGUGAAAAAAUAAAAAAUCUGUUCUGUUUUAUCACAACUAUCACACUUUUCUUUCCCUUUUUAAAAGAUAAUUAUCAGUGAAUGCAGUUUUGUGAUGACUGAAUGCAUCUCCAGCUGUUGAAUGUUCCUCUAUGUCUGCAUGCUGUCAGUUAGCAUCAUUCAUGCAUGACAUCCACUAAAUGCUGCAUGUUUCCAAGUAUGAAACACCCAAAAAGUUACAAUAUAAAAACUCAACUCAAUACAUAACCCUUUGGAGAGGAGUCACUUUGUGUGGGCUUGAAGAAAAUGCCCAUAUUGAUUCAAAUGGAUUAUUGGCCACAUAUUUUCAGUUAACACAGAAAAGACUUCAAACGUUUCAUGGAGGUGUUUCAAAAUGCUCCAAUUUCAUUGCACUCUUGCUCGUUGUAUGUAAGAAUAGUUUAUAACAAACUGUACUUUUGUACUGUUUCAGUUUAUCUCUGAUCACUGUCAGCAUAGAUAUAGGUUGGCCAAACCAAAAGUGUUCGAUUUCACAUCAGUCAUCACAAGAGAACUGAUCUGAAUCCAGUUCGGCAAUCAGUGGGACUGAUGUUCUGAUAUUGGCAUGUUAUGUGAGAAAACAUCUGCCAUUUUGCCAAAACAGUUCAUAAUACUGAUCCUCAGGGGCUAAAUAAUAUUAAAUUAACUUUUAACUCAGUUUUUAGAUGCAAGUUGAAGUGAACUACUGCAGGACAUCCAGUUGCUGGUUCUAGAUCAGUCCUUUUUUCUGAAGAAGCUUUGUAUUAUGACCCUAGGUUCCUUUUGCUUUUCCUCUCAAGAAUACUUAUCCGUGAGGGGACCACUGAAUCCAUGCUCACCUUUAGUUUUUACUCAGAAAUGCUAAUUUGCAAGACCCACAACUAGUAGACUGGCAAAACUCAUAAUUCUCUCAAAUAAGUUUUGUUUUAUUACAUGUACCAUUGUGUAAUAUUCACUUUUAACAUUUGGCUCUUUGUUGUUUUUCUUUCAUCAGCUACAUUUUCUCAGUUUUUAUCCCCAAAUAUUUAUCAUAUUAGGAAACACUGACUGUGAUAGGAAAUAUUGAAAAACAUUGAGACCCCAUUAGUCUGUCCAUAUUUUUUUCAUGAUUUGCACUCUUGUGUUUCCCUCUUCAAUUUCUAAAACUUUUUGUAUGUGCCAAACCUGGAGAAACCAGACCCAACAAUAGAAACAUUGCACUAGCUGUAGUUGCAAUGAUGACUUACUUUGACAGCUUCUGUGUCAGCCACAAAGGACAGUACAUAGUAGCAUGCAACCAUUAGUAUGCCAAUGCAUAUUGUGUCAGUACACUUAACAAUGCCAGAUAUAUAGUUAUGUUACUGUGUAUGAUAUUGAACCAUCGUGUUCUGGAUCUUUUUUUUCUAGAUUUUGGCAAAAUUAUGUCCACAUAAGCAAGAAAAAGAGGGGAAAAGCAUUUUAAGUUGUGGCAUUUAAUUGAACAUUUGCAGUGAAUUUCACAGCAACUACAUCUAAUAUUCCUUGUGCAUAAUCAAGAGUCUGCUCAGAAAUAGUUUUAUUGAAGCCUAUCUUUUACCUCUAUAUGUGAUUAUGUCCUGGCCUAAUAUUGCGGCACCAUCCCUUUAAUAGAACAUCUGCUCACUUAUUGUACAUUCAACCAGUUGAGAUGUAGGCAGUAAGGCCAGAAGAACAAGAUUUUCCUUCCUUGUGUGCCUUCCCCAGCCCGUUCAGAUAAACUGUAUAUAUAUUAUUUUUAAUAUUCCCCUUUUUUUCAACCCAAAAAAUGCCCCCUAUUGCCACAUAUCCUGUAGUGAGAAGAUUUACUGUGUCCGUUAUUUCAUUUGAUCAUCUCUUAUCAUUUACAUUUUACAUUACGUUUAUAGUUGAAAGUUCUGGAAAAUUCAAAGAAAAAACAAAAACAUUUCUUACUGCCAACUAAAACCUUUAGAUUAAAACAAGGUGCAACUGGAUUCAUCCUUGUGUGUCUGCCUGCUUUACCUUUGCCUCCCUGUGCCUAUCAGUGACUGAAAUAAAUGGGGAAUUGUUUAUUGUAUCUACUGUAUGAAAAGAAGAUACUGGAUGAUGGGGUGGUGAUGUAACAAUGAGCAGCUGAUGGACUAAAUUCCGUUUAAUGAAUAUCAGGAUUAAUGAGGAUUUCUUGAACUGCCCCUGUGCCUCGUCACACUAACCCCUCCCUCCGUCCUCGGUGCCUGGGAAAAGUCCAACCAUUACCGAAGUGAGUUUCCUCCUCCUUAAAGAAGCAAACUCGUUCUUGACAUUCUGAUAGAUGUCCACAGCUUUUUCAGUUUUAUAUGCUUGCCAGAAUUCAUCCGGUAAAUUCUGUAAAAACAUUGUGACAACCGUUUGGUUCAAAAGAGGAUUUUCUUUUGAAAAUGGCUCUUCUUUCUGUCCUUCCUUUUAAAUGUUAGUAGUGCAACAUCUUUCUUCAGUCCACCGUUAUUCUUUGCUGUGUCCUAAGAGAUGCAGAGAUGAAAGUGCAGGUUUCAGGAUCAGUGAUGUGGAAGAAUGCCUUACAUAUGACUCCGCACAGCAACAUGCUCACUAGCUCUGUUCAUUUAUAAUCUCUGACCCCCUGUCCUUGUACAUAAUUUACUUACAGUAGAUACCUACAAAGACUGUAAAAGAAAGAACAUAUUGUAUUUUGCAAAUGGUGUAUCUCUGUUUUCCUUGUCAGCCUGAAACCUUUAAAAUGCGUCUGAGCUACUUAACCUUGUAACUGAUUGUGACAUUUGUAUCUAAUGUAUGAUAAUGCAAAUAAAUAAAAGGCUAAAUAAAGUCCCU